AUGUACUAUAACGACCUAUAUUUCAACGGUGUGCUAUCUGGUAACACUACUGUUGAGUGGAGCAGCAGCCGGAUGACGCUGUGCGGUGGUACCUGCAAAUACCACCCACUCAGCGGCUGUCAGAUUAAGCUCAGCGAGCCACUGCUCAAGCUACGACCUGUACGCGACCUCAAGAUGGUGUUGCUUCACGAGAUGAUUCAUGCUCACAACAUGACGCUGCGCAUCCGAGACCCCGACCCUGGCGGCCACGGUCCGCCCUUCGUCGACCUCAUGAACAAAAUCAACAAGAGCACCAUACCGGACCCGCAGCGGCCUCCUGGCGGCUACCGUAUCACCACCACGCACUCGAUGCAUGGCGAGGUGGACAACUACCGGACGCACUGGUGGGAGUGCGAGCGCUGCAAGAAGGUGAUCAAGAGGUCCAUGAACCGGCCGCCGCAGGAGGCGGACUGUAUCGG